UUUAUUCUUUAAAAUAAAUGUGUUUUUUGCGAGAAAAAUUGAUAUAACAUUCAUACAUUAAAAUCUACUUCAGUGGCCAAGUGUUUUCAGUGUUGGGUAUCAUCACAUUACAUUUAUUAACCAAUACCACAGCCGCAGCAACAACAAAUCAAAACACACCAACACCACCGCCAAUCAAUUACUAGCCUUUUAAACAAAAAACAUCAUCAUCAUCAACAAUCAUUUCAGUCAGUCAAGCCAAUUCAAUCAAUUCCAGCCAGGCACGCUCUUGAAUAAAACAAAAAAAAAAAAAAAAAACAGUGGCUGCAAUUUACGCUUCAUCUUUAUCUAUGGUUUUAUUGUUUAAUAGUCGUAAUUUUUGCACAAUCACCAAACGUAACUGCUGCCACUCAACAACAUCGUUAUCUCUACAGAAAAUGUUAAAUAAUUUGCCCUUUUUUGCCUGUGGUAAGAUAGUAUCGGGCUUUGGUCGUGGCUCCAAAGAAUUGGGUAUUCCCACAGCAAAUUAUCCAUUGGAGGUUGUUAAGUCAUUACCCGAUGCCAUACAACCGGGUGUUUAUUAUGGUUGGGCCAAUGUCGACAACGGACCCGUAUACAAAAUGGUCAUGAGUAUUGGCUGGAAUCCAUUCUAUGACAAUAAGGAAAAAAGUAUGGAAACCCACAUAUUACAUAAAUUCGAUGGUGAUCUCUAUGGCUGCCUGCUGAAGGUUUGCAUUGCCGGCUACCUAAGACCUGAGGAAAAUUUCAAAAGUCUGGACGACUUAAUAGCACGCAUCAAACAAGACAUUGCCGAUGCCGAAGACCUUCUGGAAACAAAUGAAUCGAAUAGACAACUACAGUACCAUGACUAUUUUUCAAGCAACAGCUCUCUAAAUAAUUUGAAAAAUGGAAAAAAUUAACAAUCCUUCCUCCCUCUCACCCCCACCUAUCCACGUAGAUUUUGUUUUGUGUUUAAUUAGUACUUAAAAUUAUACUUUUUUAAUUGUUACCUCAAUACCCCCAUAUAUAUGUGGCACAUUGUUUUACAUGGAAACAAACCCCAAACCCAUUUCACGUCUACUUAUUAUUUUGUAAGUACUUAUGUUUUCUACAUUUUAAUUUAAAUACAAUUUUUUAAUAAUGAUGUACAAAUUUAUAUAGUAGAUAUGUGUUACAAAUUAUAUUAUGUUACAUACAGCAACAACAACAAAAAUAUAUGAAAUAGUCUGGUUUCUAGUGGUAUAUAUUCAUAUUGUGAUUAAUAAUAAUAACA